AUGUCAGCCUUGGUGGCUCGCACUGGCCGCCAUCAGCAGCGGUACGAGGGCGGUCACCGCCUCGUUUCGGGGUGUAUUCCCUUCAAGUAUACAAAUCUUGUUGAAAAUAGUGAUGGGACACAUGAGAAGGUUGUCGAAGUUCUAAUGAUCAACUCAACUAGUGGACCUGGGCUAGUCUUUCCAAAGGGUGGAUGGGAAAAUGAUGAAACCGUUGAGGAAGCAGCAAUACGUGAAGCUGUAGAAGAAGCUGGAGUACGAGGGGAUAUAAUGGAUUUUUUGGGGCACUACUUUUUUAAAAGCAAGACUCUGCAGGACGAGUUGAGUCCCGAAGGUUUGUGCAAAGCUGCCAUGUUCCCUUUGCUUGUGAAGGAAGAGCUCCAGUUUUGGCCAGAACAGAAUACUCGUCAAAGAAGUUGGCUUACUAUUCCUGAGGCUUUAGGACUUUGCAGGCAUCAAUGGAUGAAAGAGGCUCUUGAGGCCUUCUCAAGGUGGUAUGCAGAUCAGAUGCUGAGCAACCCAAAGAAAGAGAACCAUUGCCAUUUCCUUUCCGUUUUCAGGGUUCAGGCAUACCCCAAAGCUUUGACGGCCACCUUAGAGAAACAAGUCGGAGGAGCUAAUACAAGCUCGACUAGCAAAUGUACAUGUCCUACUAACAUGCGAAAAAAGAGAUUGGAAACCAGCUAG